AAGAAGUGAUGGCUUUAUAAGGGGGCCGGAGGGAGAGGAGAUGCAUAUCUCACCAUGGCCUCCAAGCUCAAGGAGCGGAGGAGGACGCCGGUUUCCCACAAAGUCAUUGAGAAGCGGAGGAGGGACCGCAUCAACCGCUGCCUCACCGAGCUGGGGAAGACGGUGCCCAUGGCUCUGGCCAAGCAGAGCUCGGGGAAGCUGGAGAAAGCGGAGAUCCUGGAGAUGACGGUGCAGUACCUGCGGGCCCUGCACUCGGCGGACUUUCCCCGCGGCCGGGAGAAGGCAGAGUUGCUCUCCGAGUUCGCCAAUUACUUCCACUAUGGCUACCACGAGUGCAUGAAGAACCUGGUCCACUACCUGACAACGGUGGAGAGGAUGGAGACCAAAGACACCAAGUACGCCCGUAUCCUGGCCUUUCUCCAGUCCAAAGCACGCUUCGUUACUGAGCCUCUCUUCACCUCCCUGGGCUCCCUCCCGGAGCCGGACUUUUCCUACCAGCUGCAUCCUGGGCCCGAGUGCCCCGGGCAUGUUCACAGUCCCGCCGAAGGCGUGCUCCAGCAGCCCUCGGGGGGGCCGUUCCCCUGGCACGGCGCCGCCCGCAGCCCCUCCCUGCCCUACCACUUGCCCAGCGCCACCGUACCCCUCGCCAGCCCCGGCCAGCAGCGCAGCACCUUCCUCUCAUCCGUGCAGGGGCUGGACCGCCACUACCUCAACCUCCUCGGCCAUUCCCACCCCAACGCCUUCGGGCUGCCCCCGGGCCAGCACCCCUCCAUGCUAUAG